AUGCACGAGCUGCCGAAAGACUUGUCGAAUUCGUUGCGAUCGUGGAGAGGUAGUAUCUAUGGUAACCAGAGUAUACGACACCAUCCCUCGGCAUCAUCACGCAGUCUCAGGCAGAACCAACGAUAUGAACAGCUCCCGCAAGAUUCGCCCCAGGGACACCCCCAGCAACAACAACAACAGCAGCAGGGCACAACACAGCAAGCAGGGCAACCGAAGAGCAGCGCAAUGGCCAAACGACAAGCUACUCUCCCUCCCCAAACCCCAGCAUCGCAAAAGGUCUCCAUCUUCCAGCACGCCCCGAAAGUGAUGGACCCAGACCCAGCCGCCGACCGACUAGACGACAACAUGACACCCUUAACGAAACCGCAUUUUUACGAGUUGAUAGGCAUGAACCCACCGAACAACGGCCAGAUGCCGAAGAAGCUAGGAACGAAGAACGGACUGUACGAGACGGUCCUGAAACACCACACAUAUGUCCAGACGAAGUACCGAGUCUUCGACGUUGCAACAUAUGUCUUGAUGGGCGUGCAGCUGUUACUAAGCGCCAUCUUCAUCAUUCUGGGCAGCAUCCGCUCGAACUACCACAUCGCCAUCGCGGUCUUGGGAGCUGUCUCAACAGUCAUCGCCGGCGCGCUGGCUUUGAUGAAGGGCCAAGGUCUCCCGAAUCGUCUUCGACAAAUCCGGGAUGAUUUGCAAAAUGUCUUGUUUGAGGCGGAGGAGCUUUACUGGGAUGUGGCGGCUGAUCGGCCGGUGUUGUUCAAGGAUAUCAAGAAGGUGCGGGAGGAUUAUCUGAGGGUUUUGGUGGCGGCGAGGAAAAAUCAUCCGGAUAAUUGGAUCGGGGCGGCGAAUGAGAUUGCGCAGGGCGUGUCGGCGUCGACGAAGGGGAAGGGGCAGGCUCCUGUGAAGUGA